UGACACGGCUCAAAUCUGUAUUUAGAUUGUGUCCUUGAAAACGAGAAACUGUUCGAUGAACAAAAACAUGACGAUGUGCGUUAGAGAUACCAGUGACUGUGUUUGGUGUAAAGUGAAGGAACCUACCCGUCAACAGUAUUGUGUGGAACGUUCCUUAUGUGAUGACGCUGUCACAGAGAUAGAUUUAAAUGAGAAGCAAUUAACGGCUUCAUACAUUCAACCAACGUCAGCCGACAUAAAAGGUGGCACCUUUGUCGAAAUCCAUGGAACAAACUUAGAUUUGGCUUCAAACACAAGUGUACUUAUUAAAAACAGCCCGUGCACCAAUUUACGUGUGGUCAGUGAGUUUUACCUUAUUUGUGAAGUCCCACCCUUCGAUUAUGGCAGGGAUUCUCAUAAUGUAACUAUGAAUGUUCACCUGGAUGGAAAAUAUUUUCAUUUUCCUUUUACCUACCGGAAGACGCUGGUGCCAACACGUGUACAUCCAAUCAAAACGAUUGAAAGUGGAGGGAUUAAAAUUAAAAUUGAGGCAGACGAUCUGGCGGUACAGGACAGUUAUUAUUUGACAACGAUCAACCAGAAUACGUCAUUAGGAGCACAGGUUUCGAUGAAAUGUAACGUUAGUGUGCUCAGCACCAAAAGCCUUAAAUGCGUGACCCCUCCAGUCUCAACUUCAAUUCCAAAUUCCGUAUCGUUUGCCUUGUCGUUAAGGCCUCUUGUUGUACCAUUUCAACUGAGGAGUUACUCGAUUAUAAACUUGACGGUGAUGCACGACCCUGUUAUCUAUUCUAAGAUGAUAAAUAGAGACACGUCAACGUUAAUAAUAAGCGGAAAAGGGUUUACAUCUAUAGACAAAUCAGAAAUUCGCGUGACCUCUGACACAAAUGGACAUCUAAAAAUAGAUACUUUAUCAGACAACAAGAUGGAAUGCAAAAUAGCAAAAAACAAAACCUCACAUCAUAUUUCGAUACGUUUUGGAAGCAAUUUGGUAUACUAUCCAGGCUUUGUCGUCUUUGAAACUGACUACAACGACACGACAUCUCCUAGUUCCGACUAUAGUGACCUUAUAACCAUGACCACGGAAACAACGCAGUCCUUACAGUCCACAAAGCCAGGGGAGGCAACAAUGAAACCAGAAAGUUCGGAAAAUUUAGCGCUUAUUAUCUCCCUUUCUAGCGUUGUCGUCUUCCUUGUAGUCGCAUCAUUUGCGUGCAGACGAAAAAUAUUCAAAAUCUUCAAGCAUAGUCAGCACAGACUUGAUCGAGACCGGCCAUCUAUCGUCAGUUACCGAGCACAAAGAGUUUUCUUAGGAGACCUGGGAGGACAACAAAGUCUGUCGGUGUCGGACGCUUAUACUGACGACCCUUUGCUUACAGAUGUUAUGGAUGAUUCGACAACUACGUUAAUUCAGAGAUUCGAGGAGGAGAAGUUGUUAAUUAAACGAAAUUGUCUGGAACUUAUCAAACUCAUAGGACAAGGAAAUUUCGGCUCAGUAUUCAAGGGCUAUCUAUUGACAUCCGAUGAUAAAGUGUGCGUAGCUGUGAAAACUUUACAUAAAAACGAGCACCGAGAUAUGAAUCAGCUGCAAUUUCUGAAGGAAGCUUACGUCAUGAAGAACUUUUCUCACGAGAAUGUCAUGCAGCUUAUAGGGAUUUGUCUCGAGGCGGAGGAGACGCCAUUGGUCGUACUUCCGUUCAUGGAGCACGGAGAUCUUCUGUCUUAUCUCCACGAGGACAAACAUAUACCAACUGUUAAGGACCUUGUCUCGUUUGGUUUAGACAUUUCUAAAGGCAUGGAAUAUCUCGCUGGGCUCAAGUUUGUACACAGAGACCUGGCUGCUCGAAAUUGCAUGCUUGAUUCAAAUUUUAAAGUCAAGGUCGCAGACUUUGGGUUAUCACGUGAUGUCUACGAAACGUCGUACUAUAGCACCCAAAGUAAGGGAACAAAACUUCCGGUUAAAUGGAUGGCCGUUGAAAGUUUAGCAGGCGGUGUCUUCAAUGAGAAAACUGAUGUGUGGUCCUAUGGCAUCACUCUCUGGGAAUUGAUGACCCGAGGGGUACGACCCUAUGCUGCCGUUGACAACUGGGACAUGGAGAGAUACCUCAAGUCUGGGCGCCGACUACCUCAACCAUUAUACUGCCCGGCACAAUUAUACAAGGUGAUGCGACGCUGCUGGGCCAUCAAUCCCGACGACCGCCCGACCUUCACCUCCAUACGUCAAUGUAUCUCGGAUAUGUUAGAGAAAGUUCACCAUCAGUUAGGAGAUACCCAAAAAAACUCAAACAUUUCUACAGUUUAUGUAAAUCUUAACACGUGCUCAGGGUGUACAUAUGAAAAUCAGGAAAACUUUUAAGAUACAAUCUGCUGAUAUGCUGUAAGACUGAGUAAUUGUAUUUUUGUUGACUGGAACUCGUUGCAAAGCAUUGACAGUCACUUAUUGUGUUAACUUACUCAUUUACCAUUGUACAUAUACAUACUUUGACUAUGAUGAGUUAUAAUAUAGAUAUUAAUUGUUUCCAAACUAUGAGUUAUCGUAGAUGUUGGUCGUUUCCAAACUAAAAGUGCUUAUUGAAUGUUAAUUUAUGAACUUUGGAUUAAUUAACGGAUUGCGAUUCUCGGGAACAGAUAAUAACGAUGUUUGGAAUAUGAUAAAUGAUUUGAUAAUUAAAUUUUAGUUUAUAUAAACAACAUUAUUGUUCAUGGAUAGUAAUUCAAAAUUCUACAACGGUGAUAAAAAUGCACUUUAAUUUAGAUUCAUAUUCUGUAACUCCAUUUAUGAAACUUUGUAUUCAUGUUUAGAUGCAACAGAGUUUUAUAAUAUAAACUAUCAGCUAUGAAGGACACC